AAGGAGCGGAGGGCAGGAAGGCAGGAAGGCAAGGUAACAGGAGCCAGGAGCAGCUCCUGUGAGCUCACAGGAGCGUUGGGUCACUUCUCUGUCAAUAUCACUCACUCUGCCACCAGCUCCAUGGAUAUAAUAUUUGGCAGGAAUAAGAAAGAACAGCUGGAGCCUGUGAGGGCCAAUGUGACAGGCAAGAUUCCAAGAUGGCUGCAGGGGACACUGCUUCGCAAUGGGCCUGGGAUGCACACAGUCGGGGAGAGCAAAUACAACCAUUGGUUUGAUGGCCUGGCCUUACUUCACAGCUUCUCCAUCAGAGAUGGUGAGGUCUAUUAUAGGAGCAAAUACCUCAGGAGUGACACCUACAAUGCCAACAUUGAAGCGAACAGGAUCGUGGUGUCAGAGUUUGGAACGAUGGCCUACCCGGACCCCUGCAAAAACAUCUUUGCCAAAGCUUUCUCCUACUUGUCCCACACCAUCCCUGACUUCACAGACAACUGCCUCAUCAACAUCAUGAAGUGUGGAGAAGACUUCUAUGCAACCACAGAGACCAAUUAUAUCCGGAAAAUCAACCCACAGACCCUGGAGACCCUGGAAAAGGUUGAUUAUCGUAAAUAUGUGGCUGUCAACCUGGCAACAGCACACCCUCACUAUGACGAGGCUGGAAAUGUUCUUAACGUGGGCACAUCCAUCGUGGACAAGGGGAAGACAAAAUAUGUGAUAUUUAAGAUCCCUGCCGUGGUGCCAGAGGCCAAGAGGAAGGGGAAGAGCCCCCUGAAGCACAUGGAGGUGUUCUGCUCCAUCCCGUCCCGCUCGCUCCUCUCCCCUAGUUACUACCACAGCUUUGGACUCACCGAGAACUACAUCGUGUUCCUAGAGCAGCCCUUCAAGCUAGACAUUCUCAAAAUGGCAACUGCAUACAUGCGGGGCGUGAGCUGGGCUUCCUGCAUGACCUUCCACAGAGAGGACAAGACCUACAUUCACAUCAUCGACCAGAGGACCAGAAAGCCAGUGCCCACCAUGUUUUACACAGACCCCAUGGUGGUAUUUCACCAUGUCAAUGCCUAUGAGAAGGACGGCUGCAUUCUGUUUGAUGUCAUUGCCUAUGAGGAUAGCAGCCUCUACCAGCUCUUCUAUUUGGCCAACCUGAACCAGGACUUUGAGGAGAACUCCAGGCUCACCUCAGUGCCCACCCUCAGGAGGUUUGCCAUCCCCCUUCAUGUGGACAAGAAUGCAGAAGUGGGCUCAAAUUUAAUCAAAGUGGCUUCGACAAGAGCAACAGCCCUGAAGGAGAAAGACGACCAGGUCUAUUGCCAGCCUGAAUUGCUCUGUGAAGGGUUAGAGCUCCCUCGGAUCAAUUAUGCUAACAAUGGCAAGCCAUACCGAUACAUCUAUGCUGCCGGAGUUCAGUGGAGUCCAAUCCCAACCAAGAUACUGAAAUACGACCUUCUCACAAAGUCCUCCUUAAAAUGGGGUGAGGAGAGCUGCUGGCCAGCAGAGCCCCUGUUUGUGCCCGCACCAGACGCCCAGGAUGAGGAUGACGGAAUUAUCUUAUCAGCCAUUGUCUCCACCAAUCCCCAAAAACCACCUUUUCUGCUUAUUCUGGAUGCCAAAAGUUUUACGGAAUUGGCUCGUGCCUCCAUUGCUGUGGACAUGCACUUGGACCUCCAUGGGUUAUUCAUCCCGAAUGCAGACUGGGAUACAAGGAAUCAGGAUUCAGACCACCAUGCGGUCCCCCAGGCCUGA